AUGGAGAACCUGACAGUGUUUUCAGGUGAUGUCAUCGACAGGCAGCAUGUAGUGACGACCGAGAGGUCCAAGCAUAGAUCCAUGGGGGCCACCAAGGGAACAGUGCAGGAUCAGGAAGAGAAAUCACUGUCUCAAGCUGAAUCACAGAAGGGAAAUGAAACUGGAGAGAAGAAGCAACUGGCAUCAAAAAACCCCUUCAACCAGGUGCAGGGAGCCAUCAACUGCGCUCAGAUCUCCUGGCAACAAGUGGUCAACUACGUCAACCAGAAGGGCUUGCACUCGCUGAAAGCUCAACUGGUGCGAAACUACCACAAACGCAUCCUGCAGGCCAUGGGCAUCAUGAGUUCAUUUGUGAAUGGUAUUUUCGAGCGCUUCGUGGGUGAAACUUCCUGCCUGGCCCAUUACAACAAGCACAGCACCAUCAGCUCCUGGGAGAUCCAGACCGCCAUGCGCCUGCAGGUGCCCAGGGAACUGGCCAAGCAUGUCAUGUCAGAAGGGACAAAGGCAAUGACCAAGUUAUCCAACUCCAAGUAA